AUGGCCAGACGCGCAAAUAAAUCGCAACCUCACAAUGCAUCGAAGCAGGUCAACAAGUCUCCAGACAAGAAGGAACUUUCUGAACCUCAAGUACGAGUACCUCUGGAGACUACUUCCGUAGGAUCCUCUCAUCAACGACCUCCUCCUAAAUCGUUCCUCAAAAGUCUAGGGGACAUUAGAACACAACGAUCACUUCAAUUGAUCCUUCUUGCUUCUUUACAAGCGGCGGUAUCUCAACUCAACUUGUCCCCGGUUUACGGAGCUGUUCCGGCCGCGUUAUACCAUCGCUACGGGCUGACCGUGUCAUUUCUCGUCGCUUUCUUACUUCGAGGUCACCUCCCUUGGUGGAUCGGAAGGGCCAUCACACCUUUUGCCUUUUGGAUCCCAACUGUACAAUUCCUGGCUUUCCGAUUCAGUUCUUACCUGGGUAACCCAUUGGGGCCUGUGGUCACGGAAUGUUUGACGUGUUACCCUUUGAUGGCCUUGUCGGUGUACAUGUCGUUACAGUGUCUGGAUGAGGCCAAUGAUUCAUCCACGGCGACUGCCGACGCGUUCCCAGCCAUGGGUCUGUUCGCCCUCUUGACCGUUCUCCAAAGGGCAUGCAAGUCGUUCGUCACGUCUCUCGCGGCCGGGCCGGGAUUCCUCAGGUCCCGCAUCGGAAUGCAAUUGGUGGUGGCCUCGUUGUACGCCAUGGCUUUACCAAAGAGUCUCAUCUGGCCUUCAAUUCCGGCGGUCGCCUUCACCAUGGUCGCCAACCCUCACUGUUCAUUGUCGAGGACGACCGAGCUUCUCAACAACACCUUGGCGUUGUACGACUAUACGUUGUUGGAAAGGAAGGAAUCGGUGACCGGGUACAUUUCGGUGUUGGAAGACAAGACCCGCGACUUCAGGGUGAUGAGGUGCGAUCACAGUCUCUUGGGUGGAGAGUGGAAGAUGUCUCCCGAAUGGACAUCGACGAGAAGGGUAGUAGGGGAACCUAUCUAUGCCAUUUUCACCAUGCUUGAAGCCGUACGACUUGUCGGGACUUCGGCGGAGUUGUCGUCACCACGAGACGAUAAACAGAGAGCACUCAACAUCGGUUUGGGGGUCGGUACAGCUCCCUCGGCGAUGAUCGCUCACGGUGUCGACACGACCAUCAUCGAGAUUGACCCGGUCGUUUACGAAUUCGCCAUCGAGUAUUUUGGUCUGCCUCGGGACCACCACACUUGUGAGAUUGCAGACGCCGUGUUUGCUGUCGCCAAUCGGACGACCUACGAGGCUGGUUCCUAUGAUUACAUCAUCCACGACGUCUUUACCGGUGGUGCUGAACCGAUCCAACUUUUCACGUCGGAGUUUUUCAAAGACCUAAAGGUCCUACUCAAACCCGAAGGUGUGAUUGCCAUCAAUUACGCGGGUGACAUUUCGAUGCCAUCAUCGUCCAUCGUCUACAAGACGAUCACUUCGGUCUUUGGUUCGUGUCGAGUCUUUAGGGAAGAUGAGGCACCAGCGGCAGGUCAGAAGAAAGAUGGCGGUGAUGAUUUUACAAACAUGGUCUUUUUUUGUCGCAAGCAUGAAGGCCUUCCGGUUACUUUCCGAAAACCUGUCGAGACCGAUUUCUUGGGGAGCGGGACCAGGAAGGAAUACAUGAUACCCAAACACGAGAUGAUUCCAGGAACGUUUGACCACAACGUUGAAAUCUUGACGAGUGGAAAGACAAAAGUCAUGGAAAAGUAUCACGCCAAAAGUUCAAUCGGACACUGGAAGGUCAUGAGGACGGUACUUCCGGAUGUGGUCUGGGAGAUGUGGUAG